CUUUGGGAGAGAAUAACACGCUUUUCGUGCUUGUUUUGAUUCAGAUUCACGUGACUAAGUUUGAGAUCAUGUGAUACAUCAUGGCUGCGCCCAGCUGGCUCUGGGUUGCCCAGCUGUUCCUGUAUUUGGUCGUCCCUUCGUUCGCCGGGUUCCUGGUAGAAACCUUAGAGCAGGUCUGCGGCUGCUGUGCUGGGCCCAUGCGAAAUGAGUCCGCAGCAGCCGUUUUCUGCGGUUCCCGGGUGGGUACGGUUAGGCGGGGCCGCUGCUGCUUAGAGAGGGACAAGAAGAUUGUUUUGGGGUUGGAUUAUGGAAACUGCUCAAUGCAUCAGCUGUGCUCUAGCUUCCAGGAAGUGAAUACAGCUUUUGUCAUUGAUCUAACUGACAAUCCAUUGGAAAGUCUCCCUGAAGACCGCUUCCGUGGAUUCACUCAGCUGCAGACCCUUGCUUUGCCCCAGAAGCUGGAUUGUCCUGGAGGCAGUGAAGUAUGGAAAAAUAUCACCAUCCAAGGGAACAAUCGUAUCUGUCAAAACCAGAGGAGCUCCUGCAAUGGCUCAUUGGGACUUGUUUGGGUAUGUCCAGAGGGAUCGCUUUGUACUUCUGAUGGACCCGGCUUGUCCCAGUGCCUCUGUGUAGAUCCAUACCAUGGCUAUAAAUGUUUGCGCCAGGGCAAUUUUCCAUACCUGCUGUUCUUCGGAACUUUGGGAGCCAUCACUAUCACUCUCUCCACCUUCCUUUGGAUCACCCAGCGGCACAAAGCCAAAACCGUUUAGUGGCCUCUCCAUUCUCCAGGCCCACCAACACUGCACAAAGGAGCCUUUACUCUUUUCUGGGACCCGAUUACUCCAAAUCACCUGCUGUUCUUUCCACUCAUGCCUGUUACAGAAAGGUUGCAAGUUUGCACUCUUUCUUCAAAUGUCUUCUACAAAUCAUGAAGCCGUUGGAAAAACUAUCUGUCUGCAUUCCAGGCCAAAGUUGAACUAGUAAUGUGAUUCUGUGUUUGAACAAUACUCAUCCUUGAACGCUUUGCUUCUUUCUCUCCUUCAUUGUUAAAAGACUGAUGUCUAUUCAGCCCACUGUCCUCUGUUCGUGCAAGAUUCCCUAAGCUUUUAAAUCAUGUCAAUGCUGUAUACCAAGUAUUUGAAAAGUGAUUAUUUAAAACCAUUGUUUUCAUUAAACAAUUAGCUGAUUCAUGUAGUAACUAUGAUUGUUUAAAUUAAACCAUUAGCUUAUCAAUUUAAUAACUGAUUUAAACUGUUUUUUUUAAAAUAAAACUUCCUUGGGAUAUGUAUUUUUGGGACACAUUGUUCCAAGGAUUUGAUCCACAUCUACUUCCCAUUUGCAAAAAUAAAUAAAUCCAACCUUGGCUCUCUGGAGAUUGCUGAGUUAGGCAAAAAUGUAUAUAAUCAGGGCAGCAGCACUGUAAGGAAAAAGCGGCUUCAGUUAAUCAAUAAACCAGAGAAGAUUUCAUAGCAUGUCUGCUCUGGAUUGUUUUACAUUCCAUCUGCUCAGUUUUGAGGCUUAGGAAUGUGCUCAGAUAAACAAGGAAUUUGGUUUCAAUGAGUAUGUACAGAGAAGGUCAGAUGUAUAAUGUAGUCAAUUUUGAAAAGUCAACAAGAAAAAUAUAACAAAUAACCAUGUCAAAUUAUGGCAAGAAAUCGAAGAGAUGGAAGAAUUUAAUGGUAUCCUGGAUAAGAUCAAUUACAAUUAUGAAAGUGAAUAUACUUUAGUACCAACAACUGUGUCGGAAUGAAGAGCCAGCAAGUAUAUUCUCCUUGUGAGAAGACUUCAAAACGAAGAUUCCUGCUGGUUUAGACCUCUGGAAGACCAUCUUGCUCAAACCAUGGAUGGUGCCUUUAAAGUGCACCAGGUUCAUAUACUUCAUUUUACUAAUCAUUUUCAGAAAUUGGUUAGCUGCUUUUCAGCUAUUAGGAACAUUUGGAUGUACUUUGAAAUCAAACUUUUCUUAAAAGACAUAAUUUCACAAAACUCCAAGAAGAAACAAUUUGAUGAGAAAUAUAUAAAAUCACAGCAAUAAGAAUAAAUUUUGACCAAAAUUUACUAGAAAGAAGAUAUAAUCCUGACAAUAUUUAACUGGGAAUUUAAACUCAGAGAAUAUGCAGUAAUGACAAAAUUAGCAGCAUAAUUGAGUUUAAAUUUAAAGAAGAUUUGCUUCCAUUCACACAAUAUAUCACAGCAUGGUAAAUAUAAUUACAGUCUGGCUUCUAAAUAUUUACAAAUGCUGUAAAGUAAUUGAUAGGGAAAGUACAAAAACAGAAAAGCUAGAAAUCUAAUUUCCCCCUCUUUUCCCUUUAUUGACAUUCUAAUUGUUAAGACAGUCAGUUUGAUAUAGUGUAAAAGGAACCAGUGUACAAAUUGGGAGAUUAUGAAAUGAUGGGUCUUUCUAGGCAAUGGAUAAGUAGGUAUUUUUUGGAUCCUCAGUUCACUGUUUCCUUGCCUUGGUAUUACUGCUUGGUUGUUAUUGUUCCAUAACUACUAUGGAGUUAUACAAAUAAAA